AUGGCAGAACACGUGGUAGUGGGAGACAUGAAUGCACACUACCCGCUGCUGGAAAUUGCGGAUGCUUACGAUCUUGAAUUGAUCGCGGAGGAGGGGAAAGCCACCUGGACUCGAAACGAUCAGUCGUCGGUUAUCGAUCUUACCUUUAUUAGUUCAAGUCUCUCUAGUAGGCUAAUCCUCUGCGAGAGGGCGGACGACGUUGAAUAUUCGUCCGACCACUUUCCUAUUAGAACAGUGCUUGAUAUUGAAACGCUAAUACGCCUACAGGAGAAACGGAGAAAAUGGCAUGCCACUGACUAUGCUAAGCUCAUUCAGAAGAUCGAAGAAAGGCUAUAUGUAGAAGAUCUAUCCUAA